AUGCAGCCCAUGCAGAGACAGAGCAAUAUUGAGAUCGACAGUGGUGUAACGAUACAAUUCCAACUUCGUGGCUAUUCCAAUCCUCAAUUUGCUCUGCCAAAUGGGUGGACGUGCACUUGUCCAGCUGGAUACAACUGCAGCUACCUGAAGAUCCCACCUACAUGUUACUUCAGCUUCACAUUUAUAAUUUCGGCCCCAGACACAUCAGUACGGUACCUGGCCACCAACUUUGUUACACUGGACGCAAGCGGUUCGCUUCCAAACUCUCAACGAUCUGCAUGGGACCAGAACUAUGUUAUUCAGCUGCCUACCAAGCCGUCUGCAAUCGACAUAUUCGCCCAUAAUCUUGGAGCAGUGAUCAACCAGGCGGAUGGGACUCUAGUGAGCGACGACACCCUCACCCAUGCCGAUACCUUCGUUGUGCCGUUGUCAGACGCGUUACCGGCUGUUGGAGGAGUGCAGAGCAUGUCUCAGCAACACACUUACCAAGGAAAGCUACUAGGAACCACGUUGUUUUUGGCGUACUCAAUCUCAUGCAGUGGCUCCUUGAUUGGCCCCGAUUGUGAUCUGACCUGCAAUCAGUCGUCAAUUAAUUCCAAUACUGCUGCUUGCCGUUCAAACAGUACUGGGUUCUUCUAUGUUUGCACUUAUCAAUCAGGAGGACAGGUGGAUGACUGUAAAAGUUGCCCAUGGGGAAUAAAGGAGGACACCUAUUGCCAGGAUGAAGGAGGUGGUAUACUCGAUCCCUACAACUCCGGCGUUGUCGGCGUUGGUUUCCGUACCGCGACUAUCAUCCUCUCGGUCAUUGUUCUGAUCUUCCUUCUCCUUCUGAUUUUCCUUUUGCUUGCCCUGUGCAUACUGCAACGUCGUCGAAACAGACCAGUGGAGAAGGAGAUGACCACAUACGAGCACAACGGAUACACCGCCUCUACUCCGGCUUCCCGACCACUGCUGACUGCUGCCUACCGUGCCGAGCAGCCGACACCUCAACCGCGCUCUCAACCGCCCAGCCUUGACGCCCGACCUAUAAGUGAGUGCAUAUAG